CCCGGUUAAAACAGCAGUAGUGAGCCGGACAGGCUUACAUUGAAGACUGAGACUGACGCACGCGUGCUAGAGAGAGAGACAUAUAUCAAUCAUUUGCGACAUAUACUUGCUCGGCAUCAUGAUCUACUGCGUAGAAAUGACGGCAAGGCUUGCUGGCAUGCUGUUACUGGCCGUUGCGUUAGCUGAUUGCGGCCCAGAAUUCGAACUUACAGCGAUUCGUCCAUUCGUAGUUAGGGGUGACCCGGUUUUGGCCGCUGGAACGUGGCCAUGGCAGGCUCUGGUGUUAAACGAAGGCAACGCCCACUGUGGCGGAUCCCUCAUCAACCCGUGUCACGUGCUCACGGCGAAGCACUGCGUUCAAGGUCGCGUCCCUACAAAGAUGGCCGUCGUGAUGGGAGAGCACCAGCGUUCUGUGGCCGAAGGUCGAGAGCAGACGCGGAGAGUAAUCCGCUUUAUUCAACACCCGUCGUGGGACCUCGCCAUUCUUCAGCUAGAGCAGAGCUUUACGAUUAACCAGUUUGUGAAGCCCGUCGAUCUAGCAACCGCAGAGCCUACGAUACCCAGUCAGACCAUAGUCACCGGAUGGGGUCAAAUCGAUUCGAACAAGUCGAUCGGCGGUAGGUUGGCCGAUACGCUGCAGUUUCUACAGAUUCCGAUCGUUGACAAGUCCAAAUGUAUCGCCGAGGGCAUUGCUGUGUCUUCGGAGAAGUUCUGCGCAGGCAAAGCUACGGGACUGUACGCCAACGCCUGCUAUGGUGAUUCUGGUGGACCUUUGGUGCAACAGAGACAGGGCAAAUAUCAGCAGGUGGGGGUCGUUCAGGGUGGGAAAGCGGGCUGUCCGGACAACAGUCACUACGCGGUGUAUGUGAGCGUCCCGCAGGCUUACAGCUGGAUAAAGCAACAGGUUCCAACCACUACGAUACAACCACCGCAAGGAGGGACGACACUGUUUGGCCUGGUUUCACGAUUUGCUGCGCUGGACAGGGGAUCGAGCUCAUAUAGCAUCACUCAAAAAUGCUGAGAACAUAUUUGUUUUCCGUAACUUUAUUUAUGGCAUUGUGUUUUGCGUCACACAUGUUCCUAUAUUUAACUAUAUCUGUGAUAUGUAUGUAAGAGUUUAUGACAUGAUCGAUCUCGUGGUGUAUGACUCAUUGACGUUUCACUCGCUGCAUUACCAAAAGUUUUUAUAGUGCAUUAGAAUAUGGCCAACUGCAGGCGGGUUUGCAGGAUUAUAUAAAUUUAAGUAUUUAAAAAUAAAAGCAUUUUGCACGUUACUCAAUCUUA